GGUAUGUUGGCGUUUUGCCUGCUGAGUGCCGUGUGGCUCGCGGCGAGCCCGGCCCGCGCUCAGAACGAGACGGAACCAAUCGUCCUGGAGGGGAAGUGCCUAGUGGUGUGCGACUCCAACCCGGCCGCGGACCCCACAGGCACGGCGCUCGGCAUCUCGGUGCGCUCGGGCAGCGCCAAAGUGGCGUUCUCCGCGGUCCGGAACACCAACCACGAACCGUCCGAUAUGAGCAACCGGACCAUGGUCAUCUACUUCGACCAGGUUCUAGUAAACAUUGGGAAGAACUUUGAUGAGGAGAGAAGUACUUUCGUCGCUCAGCGCAAAGGGAUUUACAGUUUUAACUUCCACGUAGUGAAAGUCUACAACCGCCAAAUUAUACAGGUGAGCCUGAUGCACAAUGGCUGGCCGGUGAUUUCGGCGUUUGCCGGUGACCAGGAUGUGACGCGCGAGGCGGCCAGUAAUGCUGUUCUGAUCCAGAUGGAGAAGGGAGACCGGGCCUACCUCAAACUGGAGAGAGGAAACCUCAUGGGAGGAUGGAAAUUCUCCACCUUCUCCGGCUUCCUGGUGUUCCCCGUGUAGAGGAAGAGGGAGAGGAAGAAGAGGAGCAGGGGGUGGAAACGAAAGGAGGAGGAGCUGGUGGAAGAUGGGAAGUGCUGAUGAUGACGGGAGGGAAAAGGCAGACAGAGGAAGAAGAGGGGCGUGGGGAAAAGAAAAGGGACGUGAAUAAGAUGGUGCAAAAGAAGAGGGAUCGUGACAACGGACUCUGUUCGGGACGCUGCAGAGGCAGGAGGGAGAUGUUAGAGAGAUGUAAGAGCAUGGCACAGGAUGAUUAUACAAUGGUAAAAAUGAGAGAAGAAAUGAUGAAGCCAUUACAUGAAAGUGUAUGGGCAGCUUCUUCACUUCCCUUCCUCCUUUCAUCUAUCCUUUCAACCAUUCUUUCCUCCCUCCGUUUUAUUCAGUGGCUUGACUGCAGCUUUGGACAGCCAAAACCUUUUUUAAUCUCUGCUGAAAGACGCAAUUGAUCAUCUAUAUGUUCCAGAGUGUUCUAAUGCCCAAGUACAACCCCUCUCCUCCCCCCCCCCCACACCACCACCACCA